AUGUCUUCAACAAUCCCAAUAGCAGACCCUGAGCAAUUAGAAGUUUGUCCCUAUGAUGCUUCACACAGAGUGCAGAGCAGACGUAUGGUGUAUCAUUUAGAGAGAUGUCGCAAGGUUUUUGUUGGGCAGAAGAAAACCUGUCCUUUUAAUGGCAAACACAGAGUUCCAGCCCCAGAACUGAAUUAUCACAUGAGCAAUUGCCCAGACAAGGCAAUGAUUGAUCAAGAUUUGCAAUACAGUGGAAUGAAACAAAGUGGAUUAAUUGAUGAUGCACCUUGUGGGGACCUGAAAAUUCCAGAUGAUGAUUUUAACAUCUCCAGUGAAGAAUGUUGGGAAUCUGAAAUUGAUGAGAAUCAAAGUCAUUUCAGACUGGGGCGAAAAAGAGUAGACAGUUCAACUAUACCCAAUAACUCGCAGAAGGCUGAGCAGCUUCGGCUUCCUUCGUUUACUUCUGCUGCCACUACCAAUGCUCCCGUGUACCAAUUUAGUACAAGGAACCUUCAUGGCACAGGUAGAGGUAGAGGGCGAGGAAUUUUACCAAAACAAAAUGGUAUGUCGAAAGCAGAAAUUUCCACUUUUGCACAAUCCAAUAAUGUUCCCUUUGGUCGAGGUUUUGGUUUGAGCAAAGUUGCUGGAGCUCAGCAAUGGCAAAAGUCAGAUUCUACUACAGUAUCUGUUAAUGCUGUUUCCACUGAAAACACUUUCACCCUUGGAGUUGGGCGAGGACUCAAAAAGAAAGAAAAUAUUGAAUGUAAUUCAUCUAAUAAAACUGCAAAAGCUGUUACAAUGGAAGAUCUUCAGAAACAAUCUCGAAGAAUAGAAAAGAAACUACGUCAAAUUGCCAAACUAAAUGAAAUGAAAGCCCAGGGCACAGUUCUGGAUAAAUAUGAGGAGAUGAAGUUGGCUAAGAAAGAAAUUCUUGAGAAAGAACUUGAACACAUCACAUCAAACAUUAAAUCCUGGAAAUUAAAGUGA